AUGGCCACUCGAAUAAAGCUCAAGUCUAUACCUUCCGCUUAUCACCAUCACCACUCAGCUACGUCAAGUCUCAAAUCUAUUCGACACAUCUACACUUCACCUCAGUCAAGAAAUCAUGUUUGCUCCUGCUCUGCGUCCCGCUUGACCAUUGCCAUGGAGGGGGACUCCUACGAGUCUAAGAUUGGCCACGAAGAUUUUGAGCCCGAUGCCGUCUUCCGUGAAAUUGGCACCCUGGCAAAUAAGCUGUCCGAAUUUAUUUGA